UCAGCAAAAUAGAUAAGCCCAAUCUUGAUGGGCUAUAUAAUCAGAAUGUGGUUUAAUCAUCCGCAGUUGUGAUCGUGGCAUUAACGGAACUGGGCGUGAUAAACAAUGGUGGCGCCUGUAUUAGUAGAAAUUCUAGACCCAGCGACACUGGGCGAGGGUCCACACUGGUACAGCGAGGAGAAUGCCUUAUACCUGGUGGAUAUCGAGAACUACACAAUUAUUAAGUAUGAGAAGACAACUCGCAAACAGAUCAGGGCCAAACUAGAGGAGAAGCCACAUUUUAUAAUUCCUAUUGAGGGCAAGAAGAACCACUUCGUGGUCUCUCAAGGCCGCAAAGUCGUGGAGAUCGAAUGGACCGCAGAUGAAGACCCUCCCAGGAUCCUGAGAACUAUCACAGAAGUAGACCAGGAAUACCCUAACCAUGUGUUGAACGACGCGAAGGCAGAUCCUAUGGGAAGACUGUACACUGGCACUCUUACUGAUCUGGUCGGCUCAGAAAGACCCAAGGCGGGCUCUCUGUACCGCAUCGACCGAGACCACACCACUACCAAGGUGGCGUCCGGCAUACAAGUGUCCAACGGGCUGUGUUGGGACCUGAAGGCUAAGGCAUUCUACUACAUAGACUCUCUGACAAGAGUCAUCCAAGUUUACGACUACAAUGUGGCCACCGGAGACAUCUCGAACCCGAGAAUAGCGUUUUCACUGAUAGAGAACGAUUUGAAGGGCUACCCGGACGGCAUGACCAUCGACACAGACGGGAACUUGUGGGUCGCCAUCUUCGGGCAAUCACAAGUUUUGAAAAUCGAUCCAAGAAAGAAGAAAGUUCUGGAAACUAUCGAGAUCCCGGUUCCACAAGUGACGUCAGUGACCUUCGGAGGUCCGAACCUAGACAUCUUGUUCGUGACUACAGCGUGUGUAGACUUUGAAGGGAAGCCGGAUCGGCCUUCGGGAACUACUUACGCUGUGUCCGGGAUCUCCGCCAGGGGGCACCCGAAUCUCAAAGUCAGGCUGGAUUAUAUUUAGAGGUGCCAUAUCGGGAAGGAACCUUGAGUCCGGAGUUUUUUCAGGAUAAUUUCAUAAAAUUGUUAAUGCUGUGAUGUACGUAAAUUAUUUUUACUUUAAAA